AGAGUAUGUAAAUUACUUGAAAGUGUAUGUUUUGUUGCUCUGGUUAUUCUGCUAAAGUCUUCUAUCAUUUUCUUUGUUCCUUGUGACACGUGAUAUCUUCUAAUGUCUUUUUGAUAGCUGCACGUUUCGCCACCAGUGUUUUCGCUCCUUGUCGAUCUCCCCAACUCAUAAUGUUCCUCGAAACCACUUACUUGGAAUCACCUUCAGUGUCUCCCGUUCUUCCUGUUGAAGAAGAGCUUCCGCCGGUACAGAAAGAGCAAAAUAUAGAGGAGCGAUACCAAGAUAUACCUGUAAACCACCUCGUUUUUGUGAUUCACGGAAUCGGUCAGCAAACAGAGCAAUAUGGCCAUUUUUAUGAACACAUGGAGGAAUUACGAGAAACAACAAGACAAGUUCUCCAAGCCAAAGUGCCAGACCACAACGUUAGGAUCGAAUUGAUCCCAAUUGAAUGGCACAAACAUCUUCAUGAUCAAACGGAUCCAGAUAUCAACAAAAUUACUCUCAAGUCUAUACCUACUAUUCGACUGAUUGAAAAUGAUUACUUGGCGGACGUUCUUUAUUACUUUUCCAAAAGCCGCGGACAAUACAUUACUGAUAAUGUGACGAAUUUGUUUAAUACGUCAUAUCACAAUUUCAUGUCGAAAUACCCUGAUUUCAAUGGAAAAAUUGCGAUUUAUGGAUACUCGCUAGGAGGAAUCAUCACGUGGGACAUUCUAUCCCAUCAGAGGACACCUGCCAACGAUAAGGAAAGGGAAGAUUAUGCCAAGCUUGAUAUCGUAUACCCCAAACUGGACUUCAAGCCGGACUAUUUCUUUGCACUGGGAUCCCCAGUUGGAGCCAUUCUGGUAUUUCGCAAUCAAAACCCACUUCUUUAUCGACCAGAUGAUUCCAUUAUUUUUGAAAACAUUUUCCACCCAUUCGACCCUCUGGCAUACCGAUUCGAACCAUUACUGAGUGAGAAGUACACAGACGAAGCAGCUGUUCUGAUUGAACGUAGCAUUCCUAUUGGUCCCAACUUCUCACUGCCAUCUCUGCCCUCGUUUCCCGGAUCCAGUCUAUUAUCCAUGUUUUCUCGAUUUUCGUUUUCUUCAACGGGCGAAUCAGUUGACCCGGCGCAAUCUACCAAGCAGCUCUUGGAAGCUUCCGACGAGGCGGUCACUCAAAAUCAUCAAACGACAGGUUACUGGAAAUGGAUCACUGAGUAUUUUGGAGGUCAGCAUUCACAUGAAGAUAGUAACAAGCAGUCGCGAGAUGUCGAUGGAAGCAACGGCGAAGUUAAUGGAGAGGAGGAGGAUAACAAUGGCUCUUCCGCUCGCGCACAUCAUGGAGACUUGACCACUUUUGAUGGAUUUGAAGGAGGACCAAGAGUAAUCGAUUGCACCGACAACGACGAAGAUGUCUUUGAUGAAGAAGCGAGCACAAAAUGGGCUGGUGGUGUUCUAUCUGGAAAGUAUGACUUUACCGGACCACUUAAACCAAGACGUAUGGGUUCUCGUUUCAACAAAAAUGGUAUUCUCACGUCCGGCGUGGUUACGGCUGCCGUGAUCCCAGAGAAAAACGAUUAUUUCUCAAUUCCAAAGUCCUCCGAAUCAACUCAGCAUACUGUCGAUGUACUUGGAAAUGAUGGAAUGCGAGUGGAUAGUCUAAGGUGGGCAAAGUCUGCUCACAAAAGCUCACAACAUAUUUUAAAUCAGCUCUCUCAAGACUUUGACUCACCUUUAUCUCCCACUGCUCAGCAAGAGUUCUUGUCCAACAUGAGGAAGGGGCCUAACGUAACAAUCAACGACGAUACAAGCAGCGUUAAAAGCCAUGACGGUGCCAAGAGUGAAAUAAGUAGGAACAGCAACAAUAUCAUGGACGAUCUCAGUAAGGAACUUCACGAACCAGGUGCAAAGAUUAUGGAACCUCGCCAAAGUAGCGAGUCCAUCACAAAAGAUGCAACUGUUCCUCAAGAAGGCGACCACCACAAGCAUUCGGAAGAUGAAUCUGAGGAUUUGCCAAGAAGAAUGGACUUUGUUCUCCAACCAGAAAGCUUUAUGGAUAUGCUCACGAAUGAGUAUAUAGUAGGUUUCCGAGCUCACUUCUCAUAUUGGACAAAUAAGGAUUUACAAUGGCAUAUCUUAAGAAGAUUGGAGAUUUUGGAUGAAGCUGAGGAGAAAGACAAUGAAUAGUGUAAAUGUAGAAAAGAUAUCUUAGAAAAUCAAUAAUCAUACCCUUACCGAACAAUCUUUGCCUGAGG